AUGUUAGAGGAAUGUGUUGACGGUCGAUGGAAAAAACAUUGUCAAAAGGACUGUAGCCAUUGUUGGGCCGACAAAUGUGAUAAAGAUAAUGGGGAAUGCCCUCUAACUGAAGGAAACCCAAGAUGCGAUGCUGGCUUCAUGGGUGAGAAGUGCUCGACAGCCUGUGAGGCGGGUAAAUAUGGCCACGACUGUAACGAGACCUGUGGAUCGUGUGCAAGUGGACCAGACAGCUGUAACAGGACAUCCGGGGACUGCCAGGCGUGCGAAUCCGGAUCAUGGGGAGACAACUGCUCCCAGCAAUGUAACCAAGGCUGUGGAACACGAUGUAACAUUACCAAUGGGUUAUGUCAGAGAGGAUGCCCUGACGGCUUUGUGGAUGACAACUGUAAAGUCCCAGUUUCUAACAUGAUGAUCGGUAGAGUCGCAGGGAGCGUGACUGGUGUUCUUGUAGCCUGUGCCGUUGUUGUUGCAGUAAUCAUCAUUUACAGGAGGCGUCAUCCGUCAACAAGUAAGUCACAGGCCCACGUUUCCCUGUCAGUGAGGACAAUGGGUGACAUUCAACCAGAUGUCGAAGAUCAACAGAGCAAUAGAGAAUAUGAAGCAGAGGACCCGGAAGUUCACGUAGCCCCAGAGGAUCCCGAGGCAACAACGUACGAGAAUCACUUGAGCACGUCAGUUCCUGUAGACGAAUUUUGGGACUACAUCCAAGAGAAAAUGGCAGCCGAUGGUUUCAAAGCCGAGUUCGCGAAAUUUCCAGCCGGACUCCAUGCCAAAGCUGAAGUGGCAAACCUUCCAUACAACAAGGCUAAAAGUCGCUACAAGAAUCUUGUCGCAUAUGACCACUCUCGUGUCGUCUUGAGACUCCAUGGACCCAAUGACAAAUCGGAUUACAUAAACGCCUGUUACAUUGACGGUUACAACCAGCCUAAGAAAUUCAUCGCCUCUCAAGGGCCUACCGAUCUCAUCAUAAACGACUUCAUGCGCAUGCUCUGGGAACAGAACGUGGGUAAAAUUGUCAUGGUGACAAAUCUGAUCGAAGCAACUAAGAUAAAGUGCAAACAGUACUGGCCGAGCGAAGGCUGUACGCGGUUUGGUGUCAUUGAGGUUACCCUGCUUGACGAGGAGGUAUAUGCGAAUUACGCAAUUAGAACACUGGAGCUAAGUCACACAAAGGUGAAAAACAAGACGAAGAUUCUGAAACAGUUUCACUUCUCGGCUUGGCCAGAUCACGGGGCACCUUCCGAUGCCACAAUUCUGCUUGACUUUCGAGAUAAGGUUCUGGAGUACAACUGGACUUUACCUGGACCAAUUCUCGUCCAUUGCAGUGCUGGGAUUGGACGCACGGGAACGUUCAUAGCUCUGGAUUACCUGAUCAAUCAGGCUAAAGAAGAGAAUGUGGUGAAUGUGCCGGCCUGUGUGAUGAUUCUGAGACAGCAGCGGGUCAACAUGGUGCAGACACAGGAACAGUACGAGUUUCUACACGCAGCCCUGGGAGAAGCCUUGAAAUUCAGCGACAGUUCAAUUCCAUCUGUGAACUUUACCACCGUGUACUCUGACCUUUGCACUGUCGACCCCGAGACCGGACAGUCCAAGAUGGUCGCACAGUUUGAGGUCCUCCGGGAACUCUCACAACCCGCGAACAAGAUGCAAGUGGAAUCCGCCAGACAUCCGGACAACAUUUCCAAGAACAGAUACUCCAAAUUUUUAGCCCUUGAUAGCUGCAGGCCAUACUUGUCCACGCCAGUGUCCGACUGUAACGACUACAUCAAUGCUGUGUAUCUUCCGGGAUACAAACAGAAGAGGGGUUUUAUCCUAACUCAGACUCCUCUACCCAACACGGUCGUGGAUUUCUGGCGUCUGGUCUAUGAUCACAAAGUCAGUACCAUCAUCAUGUUGGACCGCGUGAAAACAGGAGAUAAGAAUGUUGGAGUGUAUUGGACAGAUAAGAAGGAAACGUUUAACCCGUUCGAGGUGGAGGUGACAGAUGUUGACCAGAGAGUGGAAUUCUCCACUUGGACUUACGAACUGAGCCACAAAGACAAGAAAGAACCUCAGCCCAUCAAACAAUUCCGCUGUCCAUUUUUCACGAGUGAACCAACACUGGAGACUAUACCAACGCUUUUGACUGUACUGAAGAGUGUUGACAUGUGGCGAGAUAAGGCUGGCCACGGACCUGUACUGGUUCAUUGCAGGGAUGGCGUGACAAAGAGUGGGUUGUUCUGUGUGGUUUGGACUGUACUAGAAAGACUGAAGGUUGACCAGAACGUCAAUAUCCUACAGACUGUCAAGCAGAUGAGGAACAACAGACCGGAGAUUAUAACAGAUGUGGGUCAGCUUAACUUCAUCCACCAGGUCGUCAUGGGAUAUCUGGACAACUUCCAAACCUACGCUAAUUUCAGACCAAUGACAAAAGUUUCGGAGGCGAUGUAA